AUUAGACUUUCUCCAAGGCGUAAAUAACGUCAGUAAUUAUAUACAGAAAUAUACACUCGAAAUAGAGGUAUGCACUAGAUAUUUCCCUAUAAUAGUACCGUAACUUUUCUACUGGUUGAAAUUAAUUAGAACACUGCUGCAAAAAUUGUCAUGCAAGCUUAACGGUCCAAAUUAAGAACCCAGCGCUGUUAUGACCUACUGAAAGCAUUGUCUAUCUUUCUUAAACAUUAUGAUCUUACACUCUAGAAUUUGUGAUUUAUAUAAUGCCCAUAUAUAAUAAAAUGAAUGCAUAUAUGCAUACUUCAGGAUGUUCACCCGCAACAACAGAAUGGAUUACCAACUGUUCUUUAACACAAGGGGAGCUUUUAGACCUGUGGGCUGGAAUGGACUGGUUGCAGUACUAUGCUUUUUUGAUGUUUUCGUGAUCCUCUGGGAGAAAGAUUAUCUGUCUGAUAUGAUGCUUCUAUCGAUAGUAAUAAUAUUUGCAACUGGCCGAUUCCUGUCUGGGCUGAAACUGAACAUAUGCAAUCCGCUACGCCGUGCCACGUCACUGUGGAGCCCCUUGGUUGCAAUCCUACUGACGGCUCCACCUCUGUACAACGGAGGGAUAGGCCCAUUGACCAGUUGGAUUGUAUUCACAGCACUACUUGUGCCAGUGCUAUUGGUGACAAUAAGCAGGCUACGGUUCACCAGAAUCGUCAAACUAGCGGAUAGUAUUCUUGGCAGAAAACAAAAACUUUGGCGCCGAGUUUUUAUAAACUUGUGCAUGAUUGCUGCGCUAGGGAUGCAGGUGUACAUGCUACACUUAGAUCCAUUCAUGAACAUGUCCCUUAUCAUGAUAGUCCAAGUGUGUGCCUUGGUGGUGGUGUCAUUUGGCAACUUCCAGGUUCCAGCAGCAGUGUUAAGAAUCUGCCUAGCAAGCUUGAGCUUACAGCAUAGCUACAAGGAUGACCAAGAGAACCUGGCAGCAUCUCUUGAAAUCUUCUAUUGGAUGGUGCUUGGACAAGGAAUCCUUUAUGCUGUGGCUUGCAUGCUCGAGUUCUUUUCGUUCAUCCCGCGGAGGUCCCUUGUCCACUGUGGUGUAUUUAGAGGUCAGUGGGGAGUGGACUCCGUAAAUCUGUACUAUGCAUAUGCCCUAGAGAAACGCAUGCAAGAAGGUGUGCUUGCUCCAAAGAAGAUCAGCCUGAGUAACUUUGCCAUGGAUUCUCUAAACUCCAAUUCAUCCAAGAAUCAGCUCUAUGGUAUUCGGAUGAUGCACAGCUUUCUGCAAAGGGAGCCAACCAAGGCACAGCUACUUUCAAAACUCACCACUUCUACCAAGACGGUGGCCAGAAUAAUCAGGAUGUUGAAUUGGACAAGUCCAAAGGAUACAACUAUCAGACUGUAUGCCGCGAAGGUCACCGCUGAACUUGCAAAAGACCUCCAUGUUGUUACCUUCCCCGGUACAAUGCAGCUUGUAUCAGCACUUCUUGAUGCUGAUAGCAGACCGAGAAGAAGAAAUCCACUUCUGGACACAGAUGAUGAGCAAGAAGAAAGACAAGAUCAAUUUCUGAAUAGAGAAGAUAACCGGGAGCAAGAACAUCAUACAGUAAGGGAUGCAGCUGUUAACCAAUCGCAAAGACAAGACCCACUUCAAGACACCAAUAACCUACUUGAAGAAACACAAACAUGCUCGACCCAACAACCUUUCGUCGACAAACAGAACUCUUACAUAAUCAGAUGCUGGCAGUGGAUGAAAAAAUUAUGUUCAAUUCCCAAGGAGCAGCUGUCGGCAGACCAUGAUCUUCUCCCUGCACUGGCCAUGUCGAUAAUUGAAAGUCUUGCUUGGUGUGAUCAGGAAAACUGUGUGGAAAUUAACAAUGCGGCUAACCUCAUCCCGAAAAUCAUAGGAUUCACGAGAUUCAAACAUGCCAUGAACACUGUGGAUACCGAGGCAGAACAAAAGGUCAUGUUGAAGUCAUCACUGAAGGUGCUGCAAAGACUCACAGGUAUUGGUGGGGAAAUUGGCAUAACACUUCGGUACAAGAUAUCAAAACAUCCCUUCCUAUUGAGAAACCUUUCAGAAAUCUUGAAAGACAACAGAAGCAGCCAGGAAUCGAGAAAGUUGGUGACCGGAAUCCUCAGGAACAUUGCCAUUGAUGGGAACAUAAGGCAGGACAUUGGUCGCAUUCAACUGAUCAUCACCAGGCUGAAGCAGACAUUUCUCAAUGAAGAAAAUCCCAUGAUCGCCAAUGCUGAUCACUUGUCACGGAAGGUCGCGGGGCAAGCACUGGCAAUGUUGACGACAGAAAGUGCCCAAAAUUGCUUGAUUGUGUUGCAGGAACCAGACUUCAUUAAGAAAUUGAAACAUAUGAUCUUGAUCCAUGAUGGCAAGUACAUAUAUAUGGCAGCAAGUCUGUUACGUAACCUGUGCCUGCACUCUCAACACGAGCUCAGAGAGCCGGACCUGAAGGAGCUAUCUCAUAUCUUGCGAGAGGUGUUGGAGAAAAUAAUUGACGUGGAAGGGGCAGAACUAGAGAUCAUCAUUGGCCUUAGUUCACUAAUUUGUAAAACCAUUCCUGAAGACUUUACCCAAGAACUAGAAGGCGGCCAGAUUAAGCGAAGAUUUGUGAAAAGGCUCGUCGAUGUGUUGAAUGCAAAUACGGAACCUGGCGCUAAUUGUCCUGGGAUCAGAAGGGUUAUACUUGAGCAGGUCAUUUACAUGAUGGAGUCCAAUUAUCGCUAUGCGGACUGUUUCAACGAAUUCAGGAUGACAGAAGCCCUCUCAGUCGUCGAACAAACACUGUCACACGCUGAGAACUACAAGUUCUUCUUGGGUGAUGCAGGUUUCAUGGAGUACAACACACCUAUCUCCGCUCUUGUGCAAGAAUGCAGGUGUGAGGAGAAAAAGAACAAUCUUGGCUUUAGAGACACAAGUGGGAACAGGGAAAUUUUCAUAAAGUUGGUGCCGAUGCAGUGA